UGACGCUGAAGUUGAACUUUAAAGGGGGAGUUUUCUUCCUCGCCCUCCCAAACUUGUCAUGCUAGCUUGCUGUGGGCAGAAGGCAUGAACAGUGGCAGUGUGACGGCACCCACGCGAGUCAGAAGGGCUGAGUGCUGCCGUGCAGAGGGAACCAUCCUGGACCCCAGCUGCAUGCAUCCUCCACUUAUCGGCUGAGCGAGCCAGGUGUUGUUUGAGGUCGUACGUGCUGAAAGGUCCCGCACCUGAAAGAUGACUCAAUCUGUGCAAGUUAACACAAAGUUGUCCGAUUUGGGCUCUCCAUUCAUCUACUCCAGUCAGGAGGAAGCUAACCAGCCGCCGUCCUACUCUGUCCAAACACCAUAUGGUUUCCAGCUUGAUCUGGACUUCCUCAAAUAUGUGGAAGAGAUAGAAAGUGGGCAUAACAUUCGCAGAGCAGCUGUCACAUCUCGUCGUUCUGGACGGGGGCUCAAGAUCUCUCAGAGAUGUCCUACUGCGGGGGGGCGCACCAGUGGUUGGACAUCCACAGAGUCGCUCUCCUCCCCUGCUAGUGAGGAUGGCAGGGCCCCUCCCCUUCCGCCACCACGGAACCGCCUUGGCUCAGCACCCUGUGAAAUGCUCUCACUGUCCCCUGUGACCCUUCUCAAUGUCCCUCCAUUGUCUGCCGGCGGCAAAAUACCACCUCCACCCCCGCAACGCAACCCCAGAGUUGAGCGGACUCUCUUGGAAACCAGCCGGAGAUUACAGCAGGAGCAGAGCCACCAUCAUCAGAAUGGUGGACGAUUCCAACUGGCAGAUCCCCCCAAGCAGCUGUCCAAGGCUGCAUCAACUCAACCUCUGCAAAGUAUCUGGACCAAACCCAGUCCUCAAACAUCCGGGCGCAACACUCCAGCUACUGGCACUGCAGUGACCGUCCCACCCAGCCAGCUGCAGACUGUGAGAGAGCAGAUGGCUACAGCCUUGAAGCAACUGAAGGAGAUGGAGGAACGAGUAAAAGGUGUCCCGGCGCUAGAAAAAGAGGUAGCAGAACUUCGUGCCGAGAAAGACAUGCUGUUAAUGCGCUUCAGGAGAAGAAAGCAGUCAAGGGUGUGACCCAACAACCACAAAACAGGCAGUGGAAACCUCUACCCAGACCACAGCGAUCCCCAGUCCAACUCCAUUAUCCAAAGUCGAUUAGGCUCCCCAACCUCACCUGGUCACAAAGGCCAUGGGAAAUCUGAAGAGCUGAAAAAACUGGCUGAGAAAUUUGAAGGGAAGGACGGUCGAGCAGCCGAACUUUCAUCCAAAGUUGCAUUGAAGCUUCCAGGCAAAGUGUCUGUUGAGAAGAAAUCUGUAGCUGUAGGAGAUGAUCAGCCAAUGGACUCUGUUGUUUUCUAUUUCAGCCACGGUGUCAAAGAUGCUCUGAGGGAACCGAGGUCCCUGUUUGUGAGGGGCACGGGUACUGAAAACCCUGAGGUGCGUGCGGAAGGAACACAAGCCAGAGCCGAGACAAAGGAGGCCGAGGUUUGGGUAAUAGAGUCAUUACUUGGGCUGACUUCGAGACGCAACGCGAGAUGGGACACCUUACAGGACACUAUUAAGUUCCAGCAGGAGUCUAUAACUGACCUAGAGAACCAGCUGAGCCUUGCCGGCACUGACUUGGGAAUUUUCAGAGCCCAGGUUGAGCAAAUGACGUGCAAAGUCACCUUUGAGAAAGGGGUUCUUGCCAAACCGGACUUGAAGGAUGCCAAGAAUGAGACUGCAUCUCCUACCAUAAAGGAUGCUGCAGUUUUGUGCUGUCCAGACAUGAUGGAUGCAUGUAGAGACAGCUUACAAGCACACCUGACCGAACAAGGUGCCCAAAACUGAUGCUAUAAUCCCACCGAAGAACCAGUGCCAGUUGUCAUGGUCAGCACUGGUUGCCAGUAUGAAAAUGUGUUUGGAAAGAUGGAAGAACAGAAAGUUAAUGUGCCAAAGAAGAGACACACCAUGACUGAUUAUAAGGUCUUAUCAGAGGAGAUUGUUAGUAUGUCUGAGGAGAAGGAGAACGACCAGGGUGACGUAACGACACCCUGCAACAUCAAGACAGAUACAGGUAUGCUGAAAUCAAUCAUGAAGAGGAAAGAUGGCAACGGCUCAGGUGAAAAUCGCACAGCGGGCAAGAAGAGCUUGCAGUUUGUUGGUAUUCUAAACGGAGGGUAUGAAUCCACAUCUAGUGAAGAGGAAGAUGAGGGAAGCACCUCUGAAGAAAGUGGAGAAGGGGACUGCCUAGACAGCACGGAGGAGGAAGUGGAUGCGCAGGAAGAAACAUCAGAGGAGGAACGAAACAUCAACCUGGAUGAGAGCGACACGGAUGAAGAAACCCUGAGAGCAUCCAAUUUGUCAUUUGAUGACGUGAAAGAGAAGUUUGAGCUGAGCUCCAAAAUGCGUGAAGCUUGCAUCAUUCUGAAGAACCACCUCAAUGACGACAUUCAGACACUGAAGAGUAAGGAAGUGCUCGCCAGUACUCACACGGUCCAGCUGGAGUGGUUCCGCAUCUCCAGCGCCAAGACGGCUCAGCCUCUGCGAGUCUCCGACUACCUGAUGGCGUUCCUGGAGGUCUCUUCGCUGCUGUUGGAGCACGUGGUGAACAUGACAGACGGCAACGGCAACACCGCUCUUCACUACAGUGUCUCACACUCCAACUUUGGUGUGGUGGACCUGCUACUGGACACAGACAUGUGUAGCGUGGAUAAGCAGAACAAGGCGGGCUACACGGCCAUCAUGCUGGCCGCUCUGUCGACUGUGAAGGAGGACGACGACAUGUCUGUGGUCAAGAAGCUCUUCAGUAAGGGCAACGUCAACGCCAAGGCCAGCCAGGCCGGCCAGACAGCGCUGAUGCUCGCUGUGAGUCACGGCCGUCAGGGGAUGGUGGAGGCGCUCCUGGAGUGCGGCGCCGAUGUUAACGUGCAGGACGACGAAGGCUCUACGGCGCUGAUGUGCGCCAGCGAGCACGGCCGAGCUGAGAUUGUCAAACUCCUCUUGGAGCAGCCUGGUUGCGACAUCUCCAUCGUUGAUAAUGACGGCAGCAAUGCGCUGUCCAUCGCACUGGAGGCGUCUCACAAUGACACUGCUGUUCUGCUCUACGCCCAUAUGAACUAUGCAAAACCUCAAGGUGCUAUGGGGAGUCCAACGGCUCAGCGGAGUCCACCCAGCACCCACAAGUCCUGGCCUGCAGAGUGACGUGACCCCACUACAACAGCAUACAAUAAUAACUGGAUCUGGGCUGUGAUAAGCUCCACUGGAUUUUCCCUAAAUAUAAAAUGUAUUUAUAUAUUGUAAUAUGUCCUGCAUUCAAAGUAUUGUUAAUAUGAGAAUAUUAUUUUUCCAUAGAGAGUAUUCAGGUUGUUUAUGUCCUUGACUAAUGAACUUCUGCUUUGACUGUAAAUGGAGCUUACGUGUUAUUUGCACCCCACUAACAUUGUAUACUGAAACUAUAUAUUCUACUCUAAUAAUAAUUGUCAUUAUGUAUCCAAAUAUUAAGUUAUUAUAUUCAGUGCCCAUUUCAACUGAAACAGAAAUUCCCUCAGAAAUGACACGAAUGCCUAAGAAAACAUGAGCCUAUCGUAGCAAUUUCCAGAUAAAAUAAAGACUAUGUUGCUGGCCAAUAGAAAAAAAAUUUAAAAAGGCAUAUUUGCUUUUAUCUAUAAUACAAAGAAAAUGUUUUUGUUUUAACACUUUUGUAACCUUAAGAUUGACUACCACACUUACUACUCUUAGGGUCCAAAAGCUCAAAACAUUGAUAUAUUUUUUACUUUUAAACUUUGAAAUAUUUUAAUUACUUCAUAUCAAUCUAUUGACAUAGGGUUUUUUAGGUUUUAUAGCCUUUUUGUCAAAAAUAUUUUUUUAUGUAAUGGUAAUGUGUGAAAUAUGCAAUAUUUAAAAAAAUUGCAGAGUGGAAUAUUUUAGGUUUGGCAAUUACAGCCUUGAAUAGGUCAAUGACUCAUGACAUUGAUUUUGAUACAGUAGACAAAAAAGAAGAAUAUUUGCACAGUGCCUCAUGAGCUAGAUAGGAGCGAGAAGUCUGAGUUUAUUAAGUUCACACAAGUCUUUUAUAACUGUCCAAUAUAAUUUAUCGCAUUUCAGCGGUUUAAUGGCAGUUAACUCAUUUACGCUAAUCAAAUCUCUGAGAAUUAUGCUCAUGGUUUUCUGACGCAAUGACACCAAAACACAAUUUUACGGUUUUAUAAUAGUUGAGAAUGAGAUUAAUUUGGUUUUCAUGAAAAAAGCUUAAAUGAUAUACCAGAAUUAGUCUGUUACAAAAUAUCAAUUAUAAUGGGAGUCUAUGGGGCUGAAAGAGUUCUUCAGAGAAAGUGUGUAUACUUUGUUUGUAUCCUGUUCUAACUACAUUGCUAUCAAAAACAAUGCAAUUAUAUUAAAACACGUGGAUAACUCCCUGGCUAAUUUCAGACAGUUAACCUAAUUGAACAAGCACAUCACAUAAGGAACACAUGUAAUGUGCGUCUUGGGCCUGAGAGGUCCCCAACUGACUGACAAUGUUUAGUAAAUGUGGAGGCGACGCCAUUGCAUGUCCCCAAAGGGUUGAACAUUUUGAAGUCAGGCUUCUAUUUACGCUGCUGUGGAUGUUUGAACAAGCAAGACAUAUAUACAAAAUAUAUUUUUGCAAUAAUUUGUGUCAUUGCAUACUGUCCAGCAUAGACUUGGAUUUCUUUAGUUCCACAUUUUACAUACGAUUUGAGGUUUUUGCUUACAUUUUACGAGUUGCAAAGCUGCACAAUUGUCAUUUCUAAUGUGAUUUUUUUUCAAAGUAAGCUACAUUUACUCAAGUCCUCACAUCAUGUUCUAAUGUCUAAUGAGAUGCAGAUAAUAUUUUUCGAAGUGUGCUUCCAUAAACUCUACUCUGUUAAAAUGAUGACUUGUGUUGACUAAGCGAGUCUAACAAUCCUCUUCCCCAGCAGGCACAAGACAUUGAUACAAUGUUGAUUAUACGUGUUUUUUUAAAACUGACUUCUGAACAAUGUUGCAAAAUAGUUGUAUUUUUAAAUUGAGACAACGUUGAUGUCUAUUGUUGCAUCCACGUUGUUGGUUGGGAUAUGACAAAAUUUCAAUGGUCAAAUCUUAAGUCAGAACCCAACAUUGAUUAAACGCCGUCAAAAAGCAUGUUGUUCCAAAGUUAAGUUUGAGUUGCUAAACAUCAGGACCUAAUUCAACAAGUUCUCAACGUUGUUUUAAUGUCUUGUGCUUGCUGGGUUUAUCCUGCCUUAAUCACCUUCACUGUUUGCACUAACCAUCUAAUAAAACAUACCAAUAAACAGCAGAUUACUGAUUUCUGUUUUAAAAAACCCAAAACAUUCUGCAAAUUGUUUC